AUGUGUAUGUCUAGAACUACCGAUACCAUUGAAGGGGGUAUUUUGGAGCUGGUUGGUCCUCAAGAAGGAGAAGAUGAUCCAGUUGAAAGUCUUACCGGCGCUGAAAUUCCAGAGCCAAAUUCUGGAGAUAGCGCUGUCGAGGAAGUUACAGAGUCUACUGCAGAGGAAAUUCUAGAGAACACUUCAAACACUUCAGAAGUAGUUCCAGAGCAUAAAAUUGCUAAUACUAUUGGCUCAGAGAUGGAUAAUGAAGUUGAAGCUGAAAAAAAAUCAAAAGACAAAGAUAAGCAAAAGAAAGCUGACAAGAAAAGGAAAAGAAAAGAGCUCGCCGAAGAAGCGAAAAGGGUCUAUAGAGAAGGAAUUUCGGUGGAAGCAGCUUUAAACGAUCCUAGGGAGAAAUGUUUUGGGUUUCUUAGUGGUAUCUAUUAUAAAUUUAGGAUAAACUGUUAUUCCGCUACCUGGUUGGCUGUCAUUUUUCUGUUCAUCGCAAAAGCUAUCUUUAUAUCGGUAUGUUUGGUAAUGAAAUCAACUAAGUUGAAGUUCUCAUAUGUUCCAUAUGCUGGAUAUAUGACCGUACUUUUGAGGUACUUAUACAAACGCGUUAAGAAAUUGCCACAAGCAGCAUAUCCAUAUCGCCGAGUUUUAUUAAUGUUUACAAUCUUUGCCAUUGUUGCCUCAUUGGUGACUGGUAUUGAAGUUAAGUUUUUUACCUGGCGAUCAACUGAAUAUUACCUAGUAUUAUAA